AUGACAGAACUUGGGCGAAAGAGUAACAACACGAGCAGCUGCAGUCUCAGUGCUGUGGAGUUUCCUGUACGCUAACUGAUAUAUGACAUUCAGACCAUAGGCAUCUAAACGUGUAAGAUCUGUCAUGUGUGAGGCGAAAGUCGUGUAAACGCGCUUUCAGUGCUCGUACCCUUUGACGAACUUAAUUGAUAUCCGAUGAUAUCCGUUUACUAUCGGUCAUGUGUGGACGAAAGUCCGGUAAACGUGCUUUUAGUUUGUAUGCGUUUACGAACUUCAACAGUCAAUUCGUGUGUGACAUUAGCGGAGAGAGAGUUGUAAAAUAAGGUCCGUUUUCAAAUGCUAGAAUUAGCGGGAAAAUCAAAUCGACAUUAGGAUAGAUUGACUUCGUAGUAACCGCAUAUACUGAAAUGAAUUUUUUUUUUCAGAACUGGUACAUUGAGAUAGUUAAAACGAUGAUUGUAAGCACAAAUUUUCUUUGUGGGCCAGCUACCAAAGACAAAGGGUUUUCCUUUGUUAUUUGUUUUAAUCCUUGUUUGAAUUAAUACUUGCCUAUGUUAAUCCUUGUUUUUAGCAUCACAGAACGUGUCGAUUUCCCAAGAAACAAACUCGAGGUAAGUCUCAACAUAAACUUUGUGGUGUCAAAAGAACUAGUUAUCUUCAGUUACCGCUAAUGCUCGAAUUAACGACCGGGACGUGUAUUUAACUUUUUGAAUUGAAAGGGGGUGCUAAAUUCGAGAGAGGAGGAGCGCUUACUUCGUUUUUCAAAGUUUGGCUUCCAUAUAGCCUUGUAUUUAUAUCCGGUAAAUAGUCACUGUAAGUUACGGUAAACUAGAAAGUGUCUGUAACAAGAAACACAAAUCAGUGUUUGGUUACUGUCAAAGUCCUUUUAUCUCCAAGGUCCUCUUAUUUCUGAGGUGGAAAUCCUUCUGUACCUUACAUUCAGUGAUUAGGGACCUUAAGCAACAAUAACGUUUACGUCCAGGAAGUCAAAAAUGGCAACCAGAAGUUGAUAUUUUCUUUCUUCCAGUGCUCUGACUGGACAAAUUCGCACAGUGGGAGAUAAAACAAAGGCUUUCAGAUUCUUUGUGUGAGACAAAAGUGUUCCAUCAAGCGAGACAUCAAACUUCCGGUUGCUAUUCGUGAUGUCCGGGACGUCAGCGUUUUCGUUGCUUAAGCUCACUAUUAUUUCGUUCAUGGUGGAGGGGUGGGGACGCUUAUUGCUAUUUUUUAACUCUUCGACGAGGGGGCUAUGGUUACAAGAUAUCAAAGUGCAUUCAGCAUGAAAACUAACUUUAACUGCAAAAUAUUUGCAAGUCAAGUGUGUAAAACAUUCAGUUUGAGCACUGUUAUAGUAAAGAUGACUUUGCAGAAUAAUUGGAGAUGACGGCGUCAUCUUAACUUACCAACUGUGAUUGUCAUCGUCAUCGUUAUCAUCAUAACCGUCGUCGUCGUUAUUGCCAUCAUCGUCAUCAUCAUUAAUUUCAUUUAAAUGUCAAAAACGUCAAAAAACCUCUGUCGACCAACCACUUACGCAGUGCUUGAUGAAACACAAAUCAAUGUUAACCUUAGUCCUAUUCAGGACUACAUUCACCCACGCACCCCUCGUCAAUUGCAAUCCCGAUUUUUCAAUCCUCCUGGGAAAUUGGCUUGAAUAAUCAAGAAGCUUGAGAGAUUGGUCAUAAAAUUGCAGUUAUUUGAGUGAGAAAGGAAAAUUAGUUUGCCUUUAAUUAUGGGCACGUUCAAGAAACCGAAGGCUCAAGAAAUCGGAAUUCUACCGUAUCAAAAAACAAUCGAAGACUACUGUAACACAGUAUUAACCCCCAAGGUGGAACGAGUAACUAGCAUAUGCUUUUUUUUCAGCUGUAUUCCUGCGGAACCUCCAGUCAGUUCUGCUUCAAGGAACAUAUCAUGUACAUUUUACCCUCAAAUCGCUGGAGUCUGUGGAGACAUCAUUAGUAAUCGAUACAUUUUUGGGGAUUCUGGUGUUUUGAGCAGAAGUGAGAGUCUGAUUGCAAAGUACGAAGGUUUCUUAGCAUUAAUAUCAGGAGAAUGCAAAAUAUUCAGCAAGGAAGUGGCCUGCCGCUAUGCGUUUCCAUUGUGCGAUACUUCCCUGAACAAGCCCCUCGCACAAGGCGUUUGUCGUAAGACCUGUGAAUUUGUGACCUAUGAAAAGUGCUUAAGUGAGUUAGAUUAUCUGAGGGUAAUUGCGGCACAAGACUCUGAUUUUGACGAAAUUAUGUUAAAUUGCACCUCAUAUCCCGCUGCCAAUGGAGGAGAGGCACCCGAAUGCUACCAACUUCCUGCAUUACCAGGUGAUUAUUUGCUCUUUUUCCUGCGGCUUUCAGGUUUUAAUUUUUUAAAAGAGACAAGCUUAAAGAUUUCUUCUCUCUUUUUCUUUUUUAAAGGUGACGAAACAGAAAGUACAGGUUUGUAAAUCCAAUUCAUUUUUUUUCUUUCUGACGAGGGGUUGACGCUCGAAAUGUCACUUUUUGAAUUUCUUUCUGGUGUCAAAAUUUCUUGAAGAAAUCAGUGUAUUAAACCAAAUUUUUAUGUCCCACGGACGCAGCAACAGUAACCACCGUCAGUUCUAAAUCAGUUUAAUCAAGCGUCAAAUCUCUAGCAGGACAAACUGAUCGCGCUUUGUGAAGUAAUCCGGAUUCCGAAAUCGGGUUAAUUUUUUCCUGUGGAAUCCAGAAUCCGGGAAAUCUUUUAUUGUUGAAUCCGGAAUCCUGGGAUUUGGAAUCCGGAAUUCAGCCCAAGGAAUCCGGAAUCCCACUAGCGAUUGCAAUCCGGAAUCCAGCUUCCACUAACAAGGAAUCUAGAAUCCAAGGCCGUCGUGGAUAGGCCACUUCUGAGUUCCAAAGCCUCUCACCUUCAAAAUGACGUCAAGUGCACAACCUUCCUUCUGAAAAUGAGUUAUUUGCAUGAGAAUGAAAAUUAUUUCCAUAUCAAAGGCUGAGCACUUAACCUCGUUUUGAUACAGAGGCUCUGGUGAACUCGGAAAUGGCCCAUCCAGUACUUGGAAUCCAAGACUGUCUUGGAUUUCCCUACAUGCUAGGGAGAAUUCAAAUUGUGCUAAGUGAAUGCGUCUUACCAUUUAAUGUGAAAUAUAGUGCAUUUCUUCAGAGGUCAAGUGACAAAUAUGGAAUGCAUUUUGUUUAUUUCAGUGUCCCAAAGUAGUAGGUCGUCUUCAGUUUUGCCCCAUGUAAGGUAAUUCAGGAUUAUUUUUCAGUUGAACUUGGAUUCCGGAUUCCAAUCGUAAAUGGGAUUCAGAUUCCUUGAAAAAUAUUCUGGACUACAAAGCCCAGGAUUCAGGAUUCCACAAGCAAAAAUUUCCCGGACUCCCUUCAAUGGGGCGAAUGAAUUUGUGAAACAAUUCAUAGAUUGUUACUAUGGCAGCGGCGUUGGAUAUCGUGGCAAUGUGAAUAUCACCCGUUCGGGCCUUCCGUGUCAGCGAUGGAUUUCUCAAUGCCCUCACCGUCAUUCGCGGAUUCCUGAAGAUGUUGUUGAUGGUCAGAAUGACUCCAACAUGUGUCGUAACCCGGAUGCCAGUGCCCCGGAUGGACCUUGGUGCUAUACCACUGACCCUAAGGUUCGAUGGGAGUACUGCAAUAUAUCCCGCUGCCCUCCAAGAGGUACUUUUUAGGUUUUGGUUUUGUAAAACCUUACAGCUUAAGAAAGAUAAGUUAAUAGUUACACCAAAGGAUAUACUUUGCCAACAGACUCACAAGGAAAAACUCAAGAAGUACACUGAUUCAUCCAUCACAUCCUUCCUUUACUCAAAACGUUUUCCCUUUCUCUCCUGUUUCUUAACUGGCCUCCUUAGCUUCCUUUCUGUCCCCUCCCUCGCUCACACCCUUCCGUCCUUCCUUCCUCCCUGCCUCCUACUCUUCCUCCCUUCCUUCUCUCCCUUUCUCCUUUCCUUGCUCCUCCAAUUCUUUCCUUCCUUCCAUCUUUUCUUUAUCCUUCCUUCCUCCCUUCCUUUAUCCCUCCCUUCCUUCUCCAUUUCUCUGUAACUGAGUGUCUGCGAAAAUUUCCAUUCACUAGUUCCAUUUGAUGGCCCGAGUUUCCUAAGAGGAUAUCCUCUCAACUCAACUGCAAUUCACUUAUCCUGGGAACGUAUUCCUCCACGCUCUCAAAAUGGAAAGCUCCUGGGAUACCGGAUAAUAUGCAGACUUCUUGAAUACCAGUUAUAUGCUGAAAAGAAUGUUACUAGUAACAGCACAGAAUUUGUGAUCAGCGAACUUUACUUCCGAACUUCGUAUGAAUUUAAAGUAAAUGGCUUUAAUGAAGUAGGUCACGGACCACCUGGAAACCUCAUUGUUGUACAAACUUUGCAAAAGGGCAAGUAUAUGCAACCUGGCUCUGCACUCUUAGAUUUCUUGUUCUGUACUAAUUUUUUCAAUAUUGUUAUAGAGAACAGAAGUGUCACGUCACAAAAAUUCAAAGCUUUGAAAUUAUGAGAUUGGAUGGUAUAUUCAGAAAGAACAAGAUAAGAAAGUCUCCUUGCCAAAAAUCGGCCUGUUAGUACACAUUUGUGGGAAAAUGUAAGAACGGUUAUGUUCUCAUGACUCCAUAUAAAUCCAGGCCUAUUUAAGUGGAUCAGCAGGUUAGUGCACCAAUUUGCACUAUUAAACAGGCUGAUUGUUGGCAAGGGGGCUUUUAUAUCUUGUUCUUAAUUUCUGAAUAUGCUAAACAAUUUCAUAAUCAGAAAGAAGAUAGCCCAAUUUAUGCAUGCUUCAGUGAUAUUGUACGCUCUUUGAACUUUCAUGUUACUGAGUAAGUUUUUAAAGUGAAGAACCCUCUUUUCACGUGCCGUGGUGUUUCUGGAAAGGUGCUUUCAAAUUUUUAGUCACUAGUGAAAGAUCACAGUUUUAUCUUAAAAAAAGAAUUCCUAUUUCCUUAUGGGUUCUUUUGCGAGAAUAUCCGAGAGUAAAUAUAUCGCAUUACCCCAUACAAACUUCGCUUUCAUGAGCUUCGCUUUUAAUUUCUGACCUUAAGUCAAAGACGUUGCAGUUACAUUUUGAAGACUGGGUUUUCUUUCUUUUCAGGUAGAAUGGUUGUUGACAUCAACUUUAGGCUUGUGAUUAACACUGGUUUUCACAGUGAUCUACUUAAUAGAAGUAGCGAAAAGUUCACAGUGAUGGAAAGGAAUAUUACAUCGAAGGCAAGAAAUGGUUUUACGUUUCCGCCACUCGUGUAGCGUCGUCUUAAGCACGCUCGCUCGCGUGCACUCUGAAAGGAGAUGGAAAGACUUCUCGUUGUUUAAUUUGAUAAAAAAUAAUGAGACUACUUUUUCGUUGCAGAUAAAUAUUCAGUUCAAUGAAUCUUCUCUGUUCAAGAUUUACGAAGUCAGAGUUUUGAGCUUCAGGUAGUAUUGCCCUCUUAUCAGUCACUUCUUGUUCCGACAAUUCACGUACAGCCAAAAGGUUUUUGUGGCUUCAUUCAAGUGCUCUUCUUUCCUAGUAUUGAAUAACGUUUGGUCGUUUUCGGACAAAGAAGAAGAAAACUUCCUUAGCACUCUGUCAUAGUUAUCAUAGUUAAAAAUUCACCUUGGAAGAAAUGUCACUGUCCUUUGCUCCUGCGAAUGGGUGUGUUUGGGUUAUGUUACGUUCUCUAUAACUGAACUGGUGAACUAGUCUUAGCUAGACCAAAACGGGAUUAAUUCUCAACGCUAUCUACUUGUUACCUAUCUACUAGUUACUAUUAAUUGUUGUUUUUCUUCCUCAUCAAUUCUCUCUUCUGAAUUACCAGUCGUGGAAGCGUGAACGCCCAGAUGUUGGUUUUUUAGCCAUAGUGAAUGAACAUACUUCAAAAGCUGAGGCUUUGACUCAUUUUAUAGAAGGAUUUGAUACCUCGUUUAAAGACACUUUGGGUGUGUCCGCUCUUAUUGUUGCAGGUACGUAAACUCGAUGACUCUUAGACUACAGCAUACUUUUUGCUGCUGAGUUCAGGCUCUGUCCUCAGAAAACAUAUUAAUGUAUGCGUUUACCCGAUUUUCUAAAUCUUAUUUUGUUUCUCUUUUUAAUAAGAGAAACCACCAUCGCCUGGAAAUUUAACGGCAAUUAACGUACAGACACGUUACAUUGUUAUAACGUGGGAGAAACCAAAAUAUGGAAGUGAUUUCCAGAUUCAAAACUACUCAGUCGAACGCAGAAAAGAAGGCUCCAAAAACUUCACUAAGGUGGCAGUCUUGCCCUAUUCACAGACUGGAAUGGUUCUGGAGGACUUAGAACCAGCCACUGAAUACAUGAUCAACAAAUUGGGACAUCGAAGCAUCAAAAACAAAUAUGGGACAUUUGAUUUUUGUGCUGUAUAUACUUUUGACGACAAAACACUAGGAUGGGAAGGUACUAGAAAUUUUUUUUUUUUUGUGCUGUACACAUGCAUAGGAGAAAUAAAGGGAUUUGAUUGACAAUUUAAAACGUAUUUUAGGGUAGAUAUUUUUAUCCCCUAAAAAUUUUUCACCCCAUCCCCUGAAAGUCUAGUGGAAAAUUUUCCCGAUUUUUUUCUUGAGGAAAAUUCUAGGGACGAUGCAAUUAUACCACUUUUUAGAUGUUGCAAAGGUAGAUCUCAAAUCGUCCUUCGAACAGAUAUUUUUCCGAAAAUUGUCGUUGGGUGCCCCUGAUUGGUUGGCAGGCUAGCUACCCCCUCGCGCUUAGUUGAUCUUAUAAUUUUUCAAUUAAUAAAAAUAAUAAUUGAUCAUCUCUCCCACUAAGGAACUUCCCAGGAUAAAGAACAAAUAUGAAAUUUAACAUAAGAAGGUUAAGUACCAACUUCAGUAAAGGAGACAAAAGCAAGCGUGGCCUCGGGGAAGGCGAAUGCGUCCGUUUUCUUUCUUCAACCACCAGUUUCUUCACACAGUGUACUAAAUGGGUAGUGCACUUUCUUCAAAUACUUCAACAAACUGUCUCUUCCAUUUAACAGAAACAUUACAUAAAAUACGACAAGAACCUUGAAUAAUUCAGGUUUCUCUUACGAUUAUUGUGUCUAACUUGCAGAUGAAAUUGUUAAGAAUUUGAUGCUCACAAUUGUGCUUCCUUUGAGUUUGGCUUUCUUAUUCAUCGUCACUGUGUGCCUGGUUUUUCGGCCAUGUUGCCAAACAAAACGGAGAGAAGACAAAAAGGUACAGUGAUCUUGAUAGCGACAUUCAUCAAAGCUUGGAGGCAAUCGAUUUUAAUGUAUAACUUUGAAUGCCUUCACCUUCCCCUUAUGAACAAUCAAAGCCCGGUAAUGUGAGCGAAAAUGUUAUUUUAGAUUGUGUUAGGGAAGCGCGGCAAUUGGAUUGAACUUCCCAGAUCAGCUGUCGAGUUCAAGGAGAAGUUAGGUGAAGGGGCAUUUGGAGAAGUUUUCAAGGGCGAGGUCACGAUCAGCGGACAACUUAGGAACUGUGCUAUAAAGAAACUUAAAGGUAAUCUUUGGUAAACUUUUUUUGUGUCUAUGAUUGAGGAAAAAACACGUUGCUCGAGCCAUUAAUAUAGUGCAUAGUAGAACAUAAUUUCCUAAUUGACCAAGGCCUCAAUUACUAAACUCCAUGUCUUAUUAAUAACUUAUAGAACUGAUCUAACAGUACUUUGGGUAUUCGAAUCGCAUCGCUUAGCAAAUAUAACGCAAUAUUUGGCAUAAAGAUGUUAUAUGGUCAUAUUCUGACUCGUAACAGCAACAAAAAUAUUUCUUAAAUGUCAGAAAAUGCAACAGAGAAAGAGAAGCGUGACCUAAGGAAUGAGCUGGAGAUUAUGGCUACAGUUGGUGAACAUCCCAAUGUGAUAAAUGUGAUAAAUCUUAUUGGAGUUAAUUUUCAUGAGCAUAUUGUGAACGUGGCUCAGAAACAGGUAGUUACGUCAUUAACAAAGAUUUGGAAAAAUUGCCACCACAACUGUAUUAGAUAAAGAUGAAAAUUUGUUAAUUUUAAACUUGCUCAUGGUUGUAAAUUUCGUCCAUCAUGUUAAUUUUCAUGAGCAUAUAGAUACUAAAGACUACUGUUAACAUAGCAUAAACCCCAAGGUGGAACGGCAUAUGCUUUUUCUUUAUGAAGGUGGCUCAGCUGGGGUCUGUAGAGACAUCAUUGGUAAUCGAUAUUUUGGGGAUUCCCAUGUUUGAGCAAAAAUUUUUGGUUACGUCGCCUUGAUGUUAACAAAGCUUUUGAAAAAAAUUACCCAUACCACAGUUGUAGGGAUUUAGAUAAAGAGGUACUGUUGGUCUACUUGAACAAAUGAGCGAGAUAAACUGAGCCUCUCGAGUCGUUUUAUAUGACGUUUGAGUUUCAAAAUUAUUGACAACUAAUAACACACCUCCUCUAUCUUACCAUUUCACCCUGAGUGAGAAGUUAGUGUCAACGUUUGCUUAAGGGAGGGGCAGGUGGGGAGUUUUUUAGUAUAUUGUAAUAUGUAAUAGGAUUGUGAUGAUUAACCGUGCUAAAAAAUUAAGCAAUGAACUUUCUUUCGAACAGAACCCGCAUUAGUGGUCGUACGCUUAGCUGAAAAUGGCUGCUUGUUAAAUUUUCUACAGAAGAGCAGAGAAAGUCCUUACGUGAAUGUAAACCAACCGAAAAUAUGCUUUACAAGAGAUGACAGAAUAAGGAUCGCAAGAGAUAUUGCAAAUGGAAUGUUACAUCUAUCAAACAAAAGGGUAAGAAGUACUAGGAACGGAGAAAUUUGGACAGUUAGGAUUAUUUUGUAUUCUCGAUCUCGCUGCACUCGAUAUAUCAGGCGAAUUCUGUGUUCUGAUUGGCCGGCUAUUUUGGGCGGGCCAGGUGGGUGUAUCUUGUCCUCUUGCCCGCUUUGUUAACGAAAGAAAAUAUCUGGUGCAAGCUUGUGGUCCUUUCCAAUAUCCACCCAGCUUGAUCUCUCGCCUGGUAAAUAUCGCAUAUUUAAUGUAUAUUUCUUUCUUUAAGUCAGUGAGAUCAUUAUGUCAUUCGUUGUGUUGUUGUAUUAAUAAUUAUAAUAAUAAUAAUAAUAAUAAUAAUAAUCCAUUUAUAUGGCGCCUUUUCUACAAGAUUCAAAGGCGCUGUUUACAAAAAAUUAGAUAGAACUACAAAGUAAAAAAUAAUCACAAGAAAUUGACAUUAAAACUAGACGCUAACUACAAAAUAGAUAAAUGUACACAAUAGAUAAAAAAUGAGAUAACAAAUAAAAACAUCACGAUUCAUAAGCUCGCAUAAAAAGAAAUGUUUUAAGUUUGCGUUUAAAAUCAUCAAUUGAGUUUGCAGAUUUUAUAUCCUCACGUAAGUUGUUCCAAAGUUCUGGGAUAAGGUAUAUAAAUCAGAGAGUUUGGGUCUAGAAUAGGGUAUCAUUUUCCAGGAAACUGAUCAGUUGGUUAAAGACUGUAGUCUAGACUAGGGAGACUGAGAAGUGCCACUCAAGAAAGAAAAAUCAAAUCUGGUUUUUGUUUGGUUGGACUGUGCUAGUGACCUCAGUAGUUUCUGGAAAACAGCUACUCUAGGAUAGUAGUAGGGGGGGAUUUGGGGAGUUUAGUCUAGUAUAGGGUAGCAAAAUUCAAAAGUCCUAAAAUAAUAAACGGUUUCCAAACCAAUUCCGUGGGAGUUGUAAACAUUUUCUUAUGUUGCAAUAAAUUUGCAAAGCUGCUGGCCACAUGAGUGAAAACCCUGACUAGGACCCGCCGAGUUUGCUACGAUCUCUCGUAAGCGUUAUGCGCCAAUACUAUAUACUAAAGAUACAUCUUAGCUCAAGAUAGCCCCGUAAAUAGGGGCCAGUCCUACGAUAUUGGAGAAAUGGAUGUUCUGGUUUGAUGGGGCCUGUAAUGGUUUAUGGUUUUUCUUUGCAGUGCGUUCAUCGUGACCUUGCAGCUCGAAAUGUCCUUUUAGACGAGAAUUUUUUGGCCAUGAUAUCUGACUUUGGUUUGUCACGUGAUAUAUACGAAAGUGGUGAAUACGAAACGUUGUCUGGGGUACGUAAUUUAAAUACACUCUGAUAUAUAUAUGUACCAAAGCGGCUCGUGGUUUCUCUGCAAAGCUUUGACUGACAUUUGACACUCGUUUCUAUCGUCUAUGACAGCAUAGACAACAUUGUCCUGUUAUCUAUUUAUUUAUCUAUAGAAUAUCUAGUCACUAUCAACUCAUGCCAUCCUAGAGGUGUUUACAGUGUAUGUCAAAACAGACCAAUUUUUUCUGCCUAGUCUGAAGACGCGCGGCACAAGAUUACAAACAAUCAGAUGCUCAAAUGUUUCCAAAGUGCUGGUAACAAAAUAAACCCUGUGUGUGGCUACAACGAACCACCUCAAUCUUUGCGCCAACCCAUCCCCACAGGGGCGGAUCUAGGGGGAGGCUGCAGGGGGUGCGCACCCCCCCCCCCCUGAGAUGACCUGCGGUUUUCUAAUACAACUAUGUGGUUUAUUGGUGUUGAAGUAGAGCAAGAGACGAGUGCACCCCCUCCUAAAAAAAAUCCUGGAUCCGCCCCUGCCCUAGUCUGCUACACAGUCGUUUUUAGUGUCGUCACGACUCUAAAAACGGCUGUGUAGCAGACUACCCCUGCCCCACACGGGGUGAAUCGGAUGCAUCAUUGACAGCGGCUAAAUAUUUAAUCCUAUAGGGUCACACACUCACCUUGUUUCUCUCUUCUUGUUAUUAUUUCAGGGCAUGUUGCCAGUACGUUGGAUGGCUCUUGAAUCCUUAGAAGAUUACACCUACAACACAAAAACUGACGUGUAAGUUUAACCAGUAAUUACGUUUUUCAACAUGGAAGAAUCCAUAGGCGAAAUCAGCGAACGUAGCUGAAAAACAGGCCACUUCUGAGUUCCUAAAACUCUCACGUUCAAAAUGAGGCCAAGUGCACAACCUUUCUUGUAAAAAUGAGGCUUACUUGCUUGAGAAUGAAAAAUCAUUUCCAAAUCAAAGGCUGAGCAUUUAGCCUCGUUUUGAUUCAGAGGCCCUGGGGAACUCGGAAAUGGCUUAUGUACUUUAGUGAUAGAACGACUUUCUUUUGCAGUUGGUCAUUUGGCAUAGUGUUAUGGGAAAUAGAAUCUCGAGGUAAGUUCUUUAAUUAAAGGAUAAACUCGGCCUAACAGUCACGGGACCCUAAUAUUCACAACCAUCCCAGAGUGAAAUGGGGAAAUCACUCGUCUAAUAGAGUUUCUUUUCGUACUUUUAAUUCAGGUUUAAUGCCGUAUUCAGGACUGGGAGGAAUGGAAGUUGUAGACUUUCUCAAGUCAGGACAGAGACUGAAACAACCUGAUGGCUGUCCAGAUAAGAUGUAUUUUUCAGCAAUUUUUUCAGUUUCAUGCUGAUAAAAGAUUUGAGUUGCUUUUUGACGCGAGUCACUAAGAAACUGUUUCUUGCUUCAACAGAUGUGAGAUAAUGACGUCAUGCUGGCAUUCAGACCCCUCACAACGCCCAUCAUUCGACGAGAUUGUUGUCUCACUGGAUCAAGCACCGCAAGCAAUAAGGUAGUGUAUUGUACCACUUAUGACAUCAUCAAAGUUACCGUUCAAAGACGUCAUUGACACCUUCCUUGUGCCGGGGGACAAGAACUUUUUAGCAUACCCAAAUGAGCACAAUUCAGUCAAGCAAGCCAGAGAAAAACGCAAAAAAACAAGUAUUUUUGUCCAGAAAAAAAUUCCCACUGCCCACCCUUACUUCUUACAAAAUAAUUUUACCAUCCAUUAGGUUUUUUCACUGAAAUCGAAGCCUAGUAUGUGCCCAGUAAAAGAAAAAACAACUGAGAAGUAACUGAAAGCGAAAGAAGAGGCAAGAAAACAAAGAGAAUGGGUUUAAGUAUUAACAUGGAUUAAAAAUGAACAACUGGUACAAUUCAGGCUUUUUUCGAAAUGUAGACCACGGGGUAACAAAAUAGACCCCUUUUUGCUGCAGGUCAGUUCAAUUAUGAGGCACAAAUGACGUCCAACAAAAUGUGGCAUCAACAAAAAAGUGGCCAACACUGACACGAAAAGGAGUUCGUCCCCAACGUUCUCACCAAAAAUUAGUAUUCUUUAAAUAUUAAGGAGCGAAAGUCCUGAAAGCCAGGAGCGUAGCGUCCAUAUACGAACAUACGCCCGUGCAUACAUGUACAGCUGAAAUAUGAAUAAAUACAUAUAUAUUUUUUAUUUUCUUAAAAAGCAUUUUUUAUCAUUUUUUUUCGCGUGAUAUUGGUGUGUUUGUGUUAGUAUAUCCCUUAGUUAUCUUAUUAUUAUUCCAUAAUUCUGAUGGCGUCAAUGGCCGUUUUUCUUCGCAAACACUGUACCUUACCGGCAACACUAGAGAUGAGUAAAAUAAACAACUAACUACUGCAUUUUCCUGCGUAUUAAUUUGCUGAAAAUGUUCUAAGGAAAACGCGGGGAAUGGCAUUUCCGAGACGCUUAAUUUGAGACAGGGGGUACAUGCCCCAGACCCCUCUAGCCGGGUUGGACCUCCUUCGAAUUCCGCGCUACAUCUUUUCUUCCCCGCGUUCGUACACCUUCAAAAUCUCACGGUACGCCCCUGAAAGUACACGUUAUAUAAUAACUCCUGCAUUUUGCAAAGGAUGCAUUUUUAUAAUCUUUUCUUUUAACGUGUUAUUGUACUUUAAUUAUCAGG